GGUGUUCCUCCAGGAAGUUCCACGUCAUUUUAGUGGUGCACUGGAAAAAUCCUCGGUGCAUCUUCUCAAAACUGGCGAAUGUGAUAAUACUCUACUUUGACCGAAAGUAGACGACUCCUGCAAAAAAUCAUGCCUCUCAGGCUGGACAUCAAGCGCAAGCUGACGGCCCGGUCAGACCGUGUCAAGAGCGUCGACCUCCACCCAACUGAACCAUGGAUGUUGGCCAGUCUUUAUAAUGGCAGCGUAUGCGUCUGGAACCAUGAAACACAGACGCUGGUGAAGACUUUUGAGGUCUGUGAUUUGCCUGUGCGAGCCUCCAAAUUUGUGGCCAGAAAAAACUGGGUCAUCACUGGAGCAGAUGACAUGCAGAUUCGUGUUUUUAACUACAACACUUUGGAGCGUGUUCACAUGUUUGAAGCGCACUCGGACUACAUCCGUUGUAUUGCUGUCCAUCCUACACAGCCUUAUAUCCUCACCAGUAGUGAUGACAUGCUCAUUAAGCUGUGGGACUGGGAGAAGAAGUGGACAUGCAGUCAAGUUUUUGAGGGCCACACGCAUUACGUCAUGCAGAUUGUCAUCAACCCUAAAGACAACAACCAGUUUGCCAGUGCUUCAUUGGAUAGAACCAUUAAGGUGUGGCAGCUGGGUUCCUCUGCUCCGAACUUCACACUCGAGGGACAUGAGAAAGGAGUGAACUGCAUCGAUUACUACAGUGGAGGAGAUAAACCAUACCUGAUAUCUGGGGCUGACGAUCGGCUGGUGAAGAUCUGGGACUACCAGAAUAAAACCUGUGUGCAGACUCUUGAGGGCCAUGCUCAGAACGUGUCGUGUGUCAGCUUCCACCCAGAGCUUCCCAUCAUCAUCACUGGCUCAGAAGAUGGCACGGUGCGUAUCUGGCAUUCCAGCACCUAUCGUCUGGAGAGUACACUGAACUAUGGCAUGGAGCGCGUGUGGUGUGUUUGCGGCUUGCGUGGCUCCAACAAUGUGGCACUGGGCUAUGACGAGGGGAGCAUCAUCAUAAAGCUGGGACGUGAGGAGCCCGCCAUGUCUAUGGACACCAGUGGAAAGAUCAUCUGGGCCAAACACUCGGAGGUGCAGCAGGCUAACCUGAAGGCCAUGGGCGACGCUGAGAUCAAGGAUGGAGAGAGACUUCCUCUGGCAGUCAAAGACAUGGGGAGCUGUGAAAUCUACCCCCAGACCAUCCAGCACAAUCCCAACGGCAGGUUUGUUGUGGUGUGUGGGGAUGGAGAGUACAUCAUCUAUACUGCCAUGGCCCUGAGGAACAAGAGCUUUGGUUCAGCACAGGAGUUUGUUUGGGCCCACGACUCUUCUGAGUAUGCCAUAAGGGAGUCCAGCAGUGUGGUAAAAAUCUUCAAAAACUUCAAGGAGAAGAAGUCUUUUAAGCCUGACUUUGGUGCAGAGGGUAUUUAUGGUGGCUUCCUGCUGGGUGUCCGUUCUGUGAAUGGCUUGGCAUUCUAUGACUGGGAGAACACGGAGCUCAUCAGGCGAAUUGAGAUUCAGCCCAAGCAUAUCUUCUGGUCAGACUCUGGCGAGCUUGUAUGCAUCGCCACAGAGGAGUCCUUCUUCAUCCUGCGUUACCUGUCCGAAAAGGUGGCCGCCUCCCAGGAGACUAACGAGGGAGUUACUGAGGACGGCAUCGAGGAUGCUUUUGAGGUCCUCGGGGAAAUUCAGGAGAUUGUGAAGACUGGGCUGUGGGUGGGAGAUUGCUUCAUCUACACCAGCUCUGUCAACAGGCUCAACUACUACGUCGGAGGAGAGAUAGUCACCAUUGCUCACCUGGACAGAACGAUGUACCUGCUGGGCUACAUCCCCAAGGAUGACAGACUCUACCUGGGAGACAAGGAGCUGAACAUCGUCAGCUAUUCGCUCUUGGUGUCUGUGCUAGAGUACCAGACUGCCGUCAUGCGCAGAGACUUCAGCAUGGCAGACAAGGUGCUGCCCACCAUCCCCAAAGAACAGCGGACCCGCGUGGCCCACUUCCUGGAGAAGCAGGGCUUUAAGCAGCAGGCCUUGGCGGUGUCCACCGACCCUGAGCACAGGUUUGAGCUGGCCCUCCAGCUGGGGGAGCUAAAGAUCGCCUAUCAGCUGGCGGUGGAGGCAGAGUCGGAGCAGAAGUGGAAACAGCUGGCCGAGCUGGCCAUCAGCAAGUGCCAGUUUGGGCUGGCCCAGGAGUGCCUCCACCACGCACAGGACUACGGGGGCCUGCUGCUGCUGGCCACCGCCUCGGGCAACGCUGCCAUGGUGGGCAAACUGGCCGAGGCCGCCGAGCGCGACGGCAAGAACAACGUGGCAUUCAUGACCUACUUCCUGCAGGGGAAACUUGAUCAUUGCCUGGAGCUCCUGAUCAGAACCAACCGUCUACCUGAGGCGGCCUUCCUCGCCCGCACAUACCUGCCAAGCCAAGUGUCCAGGGUUGUGAAGCUGUGGAGAGAGAGUUUGUCAAAGGUAAACCAGAAGGCAGCCGAGUCCUUGGCUGACCCCACAGAGUAUGAGAACCUGUUCCCCGGCCUGAAGGAGGCCUUCGUUGCAGAGCAGUUCCUCAGAGAGACCUGCCAAGGAAAGACCAGACCUGCCACCGACUACCCACUGAUCACGCCGAACGAGGAGAGGAAUGUUCUGGAGGAGGCCCAAGGCUACGAGCCCAAAGCUGCGCCAGCACCUGUUGAGGUACAGCAGGCUCCUGCAGUGCAAGCAGAGCCCUCACUAGUGGAUCUGGAACCAGAACCCUCACUAGUGGAUCUGGAACCAGAGCCUGAACUGGAACCAGAGCCUGAACCAGAACCGGUACCGGAACCACAGGCCCCGGCAGGAUCCAGCAUGUUCGCGUCAGUUAUGGCAGCUGUAGCUGCACCUGUGGCUGCAGCAGUGGCCGCCGUGACUGCCUUUGAACCAGAGCCAGCUGCAGAAGAAGAAGUGGUACCAGAGGAGGAAGAAGAGAUGCCUGAGGAGGAGGAGGAGGAAGAGAUGCCUGUGGCAGCAGAGGAGGAGGAGCUCGUGGUGGAGGAACAAGAGGUGGUGGCGGCAAGUCCAGCAGCAACAUUAGUGGCUGUUGAGGAGAAGGAGGUGGCGCCAGCAACCCCAGAACCAGCAGCAGUGGCGGUUGAGGAGCAGGUUAAGGAGGUGGCGCCAGCAACACCAGAACCAGCAGCUGUGGUUGUUGAGGAGGUGGCGCCAGCAACACCAGAACCAGCAGUAGUGGCUGUUAAGGAGGUGGCGCCAGCAACACCAGAACCAGCAGCAGUGGCUGUGGAGGAGGUGGCGCCAGCAACACCAGAACCAGCAGCAGUGGUUGUUGAGGAGGUGGCGCCAGCAACACCAGAACCAGCAGCAGCUGUGGCUGUUCAGGAAGAGGAGGUGGCAGCAGCACCAGCAGCUGUAGCUGUUGAGGAGGAGCUGGUGGUGGUGGCAGCAACAACAACAGCAGCAACGCCAGAGCCAGCAGCUGUAGCUGUUCAGGAAGAGGAGGUGGUGGCAGCAACACCAGCAGUAACAGCAGUGGCUGUUGAGGAGCUGGUUGUGACGGCACCUGAAGAGGAAAAGAUCCCUGCAGCAUCAGCCCUACUAGACCUAGAGGACGAUGAGAUCCUGGAUGACCUGGAGGACGACCUUGACAACAUGGAGCUCGAUGACAUUGACACCUCAGACGUAAACCUGGAUGAUGACUUUUUAGAUGACGAGUAAUGCCCUCAAGAAUCAUCAUCUUUGUUUAUUUAAGAGACCAAACUUCUUUUGUAUUUCCACGUGCGUUGUAUAAGGCAGAGGGGCUGAUUCUGUGCUUUGGGUUGCAACAUGAAUCCCUAGUGGAGAUUCAGUGAAUGGUGUUCGUACUGGGGGUGAUUUUAUUUUUUCCCACGUGGAGGUUGUUGGAGGUGGUGUGGAACCACAUCUACUCCGACUUUUUUUGUAUGUAACUCCUAUGCUCGCCUUUCACACAACAGCCCUUGCCUUGUAUGUAUUCUUUAUCUAUAUGUCUGUCCUAACCUUGAGCAAUCAUUGUUUCCUCACUUAAAUGGUAUUUUAAAAAUAAAUUGAGUUUAAAUAUG